GACUUCUCUCCACUGACCUCUGUAGUCGAUUGGUUUCGUCUUUCUCUUCCUCACAUGUUUCAUGUUUGGGAGAAAAAAAACAUGGCAGCGCUCACGAGUGAAGUCCAGAUUGUACCUGCCAAAAAGCCCACAGUCCGAGGUCCACGGCGGGUAGCCAAUCAAAUUCCAGAUGAAAUCCUGCAAGACCCUGAGUUACAAGAGGCGAUCAAAGCCCUGCCUGCAAAUUACAACUUUGAGAUUCACAAGACGGUUUGGCGAGUGAGACAAGCCAAAGCUACGAGAGUGGCUCUGCAGCUUCCAGAGGGCCUGCAGAUGUUUGCCUGUGUCCUUGCUGACAUCAUUGAGAGGUUCACGGAGGCCGAUACCAUUGUGAUGGGGGACGUGACAUAUGGGGCUUGUUGCGUGGACGACUUCACCGCCCGAGCCCUGGGAGCUGAUUUCAUGGUGCACUAUGGUCACAGUUGUCUCAUCCCCAUAGACUCCACGGCAGGUAUUAAGAUGCUCUAUGUGUUUGUGGAUAUCCAGAUGGACAAUGCACACUUCCUGGACACGGUCAAGUUCAACUUCCCCCCUGGACAAUCUCUGGCACUCGUCAGCACUAUUCAGUUCGUUGCAGCACUGCAGGCUGUGAGUGCAGCCCUAAAGCCAGAGUAUGACGUGCUGGUCCCACAGUGUCGACCUCUGUCACCAGGAGAAAUUUUGGGCUGCACCUCCCCUCGCUUGGACCGCCAUGUCAAUGCCAUAAUUUAUCUGGGAGAUGGAAGAUUUCACCUGGAGUCGAUCAUGAUCGCAAAUCCAGACAUCCCUGCCUACAGAUAUGACCCCUACAGUAAGGUCUUCUCCAGGGAGUACUAUGACCACGAAGCCAUGCGUGCAUUAAGGUUCCAGGCUAUUGACAAGGCUCGAUCCGCCCAGAGAUGGGGCUUGAUCAUGGGCACGCUGGGCCGGCAGGGCAGCCCCAAAGUCAUGGAGCAUCUGGAGUCAAGGCUCCAGUCAUUGGGCAAGUCCUUCACUCGAGUGCUCCUGUCUGAGAUUUUCCCAGGCAAGCUGGAUCUGAUGCAAGAUGUAGAUGCGCAGCUGUGGCUCUACAGGAGGUCGGCUGGAAGGAAGUCUACCCCAUGGACUUCUACUCCAAUCAGAGCCUGGGGCCGUGGGCGCCCAACCACCCUGACAACCAACCAGCGCGGCCCACGCGCAGGCAGACUCAGAAACCAGGCUCGGAGCCAGCCCUACCUACCGAGCAGUGUGAGCAGAACCGGUGUGCCCCCUGUGGCUGUCAAGGGAAAUGACCCGUCACGCCCAGCCCUGUGUUUGACUCGUCCCGUGCCUGCCAGUGCUUCUGCCUCUGCUGACGGCUGGAGGGAGGUCAGACCAGAAGAAGAGAGUGGGUAUAGUCUAUAACAAGCAGAGGUAUACCCACAGGAGCCCUCAGCCGCUCCUCAUACGGAUUACCAGCCAUAAAUAAUCCCUCGUUUUAAAGCACAGACCAUUGGUCUCAUUCGCGCUUUCUGCGCGUGUUCUGAGCUCAAAAUACAAGCGACUGAGAGUAUAGCUUGUGUGUUUAAGGUCAUACAUGUUCAUGCGAGUCACAUUCCCAUGAAGGAGCUGCUCUCUGCCGCGCUAAGAAAGAAGUUGAUCCUGCACAGGGGGAAAGCGCGGGCCUUUCCGUAAUGCACACAUGGCUUUUGCGAUUGUUGGAGAGAACGUGCGCGAUGGCCUUGUGUACAUUAAAUGGAAUUAAAGCGUUAAUGUGGGUGGAUUAAGUCAAAUGCAAACCCCUUGUCCUUGCAAAGCACCCUAUGUUGCCGGACACUUCAGAUGAGUUUCCCUUCAUGCUAAAUUUCAAAGGCGUAGACAUAUUGUAUGAAGCACUUUAUUUGAUAUACAAGAGCAUGCUACUAAAAUGUGUAUUCUUAAAAUUUGAUGCACCACGACACAACCUUGUUUCUCCGUCUUGUUUUUCUGGUCAAACUCCGAAACAAUAAAUCAGGGAAUGGAACCUUGCUUGUUGUGAGUGUUUUUGAUAAGCGCAGUGCCAUGCUGAAGCCCUCAGCCUUACAAACAGUACGAGUUUCCACAGUAGAUCCAUGCGGUGCUAGUCACGACUGCUCUCCAUCCUCAUUAUUUAUUAAUGGAGGAGUCUGUCAAUAAAUGAAAAUAAAAAUUAAAAUAAAACCUCUAUUGCUGUUUAGCUGUCACAGCAGAAACUGAUUGACAGCAGCACACCGUGGCUCCAGCUGACCCCGAGAACGUGGUGAUUUUCCCCAGAUUGCAGCACAUUGUCUCAAGCGGGUAUGCUCUGUGAGUUUUGUUAUUUGCCUACAACUACUAGUUCUCGAGUCAGAUCCCUCUCCUCUACUUUCCACCGUUGUAUCUCCUUGGCAACAGAGGCCAGUGUGUGAUGCAGCCCGUCCCACCAGAUGUCUUUCUCAUGAUGUGUCUCACGUGUCCCACUAGUGGCUGUUAUGUUGAAGAGCUCAGUACUUGUUCCAGAACAGUGUGUGAUGCGCAGCGGUCAAGAAUAAAUGAUUGGGCAGCAGAGCUCUCUCGCAGCUGAGUUUUGAUUUAUUUUUUUAGCGCACUCUAUCAGGGGGAAAUGCUGAAUAAAUCCUCAUCUCUUUCCAUCUUAAAGUGUGCAGUUUUCUCACAGCCUAAAGAUUGGUUUUGCUUUAAAUAUUUAGCACUGAUUUCAACAUCAGUAAAAUGGGAUGUGUUUUCAAAAAAAAAAGUCCAAGCUGGCAAGACUAUAUUUUGUGUGUUGGGUUUAGAAUUUGAACCGAUUUAGACACCAAAGAUGGAACCAAAGGUUAUUUAAAUGUCAUAAUUAAAGUCAAAUAGGGCCCUUAUUACAUCGCUAACGUAAUUGGAUAACAAUAGUAGAGGUCUGGACACUUUGAUGUAUGCAUACCACUGUGGAAUGUUUUUUACAAUCAGGAUAUUAUUUUCUCCGUAUGUCUGAAAUGUGUGACAUUAAAUUUAAAAUUGUAAACGUA